AUGAGCAACGAGGCCAAACGAACGGCGUCAGAUGUACAGCAAAACGAAGCUGGUGUACCAAGAGCUAACGUCCAGAGCCCACCUCUGUCCGCACCUUCGCAAUCGCAAGUUCAACGUCCAGCCCAACAACAACAGCAACAACAACAACAACAAGUUAGAAGCAACCAACCCCAGUACUCACAAGCCGACUUGAAUCGAAUAGUUCUUGAUUACCUAAACAAAAAGGGUUACCACAGAACAGAAUCGAUGCUUCGAUUAGAGAGCACAAACACACCAACCCCUGCUGUAGCUCAGGCUACUCCAGCUACUGCCGAAUUAGCCUCACCUGAUGAAUUAGUCGUCAAUGUGGAGGACAUAUCAAACAAAAAUGACAAAGAGUUACAAGAGCUCAAGGAGAAACAAUCAAAAGUGGAGCGUGAGCUUCAAGAGGCAAGGGAUCGUGAGCUGAGAUUGGCCAAAGAAGCCGAUCUAAGACAAUUGAAGGCAUUGGAAGCUAAAACUAGAGUUGAGAACGAUCCUGAUACAUAUUUUAUAGCGUACUCAAUGCUCAGGAAGUGGGUCGAGUCUUCAUUGGAUUUGUACAAGCCAGAAUUGGCCAGAGUGUUGUAUCCAUUGUUUAUGCAUUGUUUUUUGGAUUUAAUUACGAAAGGGUAUGAUGUUAAAGCAAAGCAAUUCUUUGACAAGUACAAGUCGGAUCACUUGAUUUUACAUGGUGUUGAAGUGAGGAAAUUUGCAGGGUUAUCGUUACCUGAACAUAUACAAGAGAAUGAAGUGGCAGUAGCGUAUAGAAAACACAGGUACAGAAUAUUGGUUUCAAAGACUUCACUCAACUUGUUGUUGUAUUUUCUUCAUGAAAACGAGGCUGUUGGUGGUGCAAUCUUGAUUCGUAUGAUUAAUCAAUACUUAGAUCCAGUCAUUUCAAAAAGUAGACCUGACAAGAUUGACCAAGAAGGUGAAGCUAAUCCAGAGGAGGGUAUAUCUGAAUACUUGGCCAACACAAAUGAAUUGGAAAAAUUCAAUAGUGAAAAGGAGGUGAAGCUAGGAAAAAUGCCAUUGGACACUGAAGUCAGUAAAGAAGUUGAGGCGGAGUUAAAGAUUAAGGAUGAAAAAAUAGCACCAGUGAAUGGCAAAACUCUCAGUGAAGAGUUCCAAGAAUUGACCAAACCCGAUGCAGACUCACCAGCAAAGGAUUCAUUGCCAUUACCCAUGAAGGACGCAACUGACAUCAGAAAGAUGAUUUUACAAGUUGAAGACUCAAGGUCCAAGAUAAAAUUGGGAGCAAUCCAAGCUAGUGCACCUUCAGUUUGUAUGUAUACCUUCCACAAUACAAACAAUGAAAUGACAUGUGUUGCUUUUAACGAGGACUCGACGCUUGUUGCUGCUGGUUUUCAAGGCAGUUACGUGAGAAUAUGGAGCUUAGACGGCAAACCUCUUGAGUCUUCACUUAAAAAAGAUCGCAAAAACCAUCAGUUACCGGAAAAUUCGAGAAAAUUGAUCGGACACAGUGGACCCAUAUACGGAAUCUCAUUUUCUCCAGAUAACAAAUUCCUCCUCACGUGUUCUGAAGAUAAGACAAUACGUCUUUGGUCUUUGGAUACAUACACCGCAUUGGUAUCAUAUAAAGGUCACAAUCAACCCGUUUGGGACGUCAAGUUUUCUCCAUUAGGACAUUACUUUGCAACAGCUUCACAUGAUCAAACCGCAAGAUUGUGGGCGACUGACCAUAUAUACCCAUUGAGGAUAUUUGCUGGACAUAUCAACGACGUUGAUUGUGUGGAGUUCCACCCAAACUCAAAUUAUGUGUUUACUGGCUCUAGUGAUCGGACAUGCAGAAUGUGGGAUGUUCACACUGGUCAUUGUGUUAGGAUAUUCAUGGGCCAUACCAAUGCCAUUAACUGCCUCGCUGUGUCGCCUGAUGGCAGGUGGCUUGCCAGUGCUGGAGAAGACAAUGUGAUCAACUUGUGGGACAUUGGCACCGGUCGAAGACUAAAGACAAUGAAAGGCCAUGGUAGAUCCUCAAUUUAUUCCUUGUCCUUUUCGCGCGAUGGUACAGUCUUGGUUAGUGGCUCUGGUGACAAUAGCGCGAGAGUGUGGGAUGUUAAGAAAAAUACCAAUGAUGCAGGACCUGAACCCGAAGCGUUUGUUGCUACAGCUAAUGGGGAAGGCGGAGAAGAGAAGAACCAACAACAGCAACAACAGCAACAACAGCAGCAGCAACAGCUAAACAGGAGAGAUGUGAUUGCAAGCAGCGACCACAUGACUGCUUUUUUCACAAAAAAGACGCCAGUGUUCAAAGUUCAUUUUACCAGAAGAAAUCUUUGUUUGGCUGCAGGUCCAUUCCAGGGGUAA